AUGCCCAGCCUGCUACUCAUCUCCUUGGUCAGCUGCCUGGUGGCCAUAAGUCAGGCCAGACCCAUCAGCCGCUGUGACUUGGCCAAAGUGCCACACAAGGAGGACUUGGAUGGGUCUGAGGGCCACUCUCUGAGUGACUGGCUGAGCCUGGCUUUUGUGGAAAGUGACUUCAACAUAGCAAAGGUAAAUGAAAAUACAUAUGGCAGCUUUGACUACGGCAUCUUCCAAAUCAACAGCCACUACUGGUGCAACGAUUACCAGAGUCACACGGAAAACCCUUGCCACGUGGACUGUCAAGGUCAGGCCAGGGCCCCAGGGUGGGAGAGAACUGCUGAGCCCCAACCUUCUCUCAAUCAUCAACUGUGCAAAAAAGACCGUGUCCGGAGCAGGGGGCAUGAAGAACUGUUCCCAUCCGGAGUGACAAAACCUUGCUGGUGUGGGAGCCGAGUUCGGACCCAGGACCGAGGCCUUGCAGGUGAACUGGCCAGGGUGAAGGGAGGGAUGCAGAAAGCCGCCCUCGCCCCAAUAACUGGGAGUCCCAGGCCAGGUGACGCCCCCCGCUGCACGAGCGUGGCUUUGCAAGGUGACCAACCCCCACCCUGCACGAGCCUGGCGCUGCAAGUCCAGGAGGAAGCUGCAUCUCAGCCUCCAGAGAGCCCCGAGGAGGUGGAACCUUCACUUCAGCAGGAGGCCCAGGCUCAGCCUGCAGAGCAUCCUGAGGAGGCGGAACCUCCUCCAUUCCCUCAGGAGGCCCAGGCUCAGCCUGCAGAGAGCCCUGAGUAUGACUCUGCCCCACUCCAGCAAGAGGCCCCAGCGCAAGUUCCAGGGUUCCUUGGUGAAAAUGCACCUCAGUUUCCAGCGAGUGAGGAGGCAGCAGCUCGACCUGAAAGUAAGUAUCCAGCUCACUCCGACCCAUCCAGUGUUACACUUAAACCGGUGGAUUUGGAACUUACGGUCACUCCAGAGCCUGCUAAGGAAGGCGACUUUACCACAGCCCAGCAGGAGGCCCUGCCUCAGCCUCUUGAGUAUUCUGUGGAGGCAGAACCUUCUCUAACCCUGCAGGAUGCCACAGGUCCGCCUCCAGAGCCUCCUGAGGAAGCUGAGCCUUCUCCAGGUGGAGAGGGACAACCGGCUCAGCCUUAUGAGCCUAAUGGGGAAGUUGUACCCUUUUCAACCCAGCAGGAGAGCCCAGCUCAGCCCACAGAGCAUCCUGAGGUGGUGAAACCAGCCACCCAGCAGGAGAGCCCAGCUCAGUCUCCAGCAGAGAUAGAGCCUUCCACAACCCAGCAGGAAAGCACAGGUCAGCGUCCAGAGUCUCCUGCUGAGGCUGAGCCCUCUUCAGCUCAUUCUCAAGAGCCUGAUGUGACAGCAGCUUCUCCUCCAGGCCAGGAUCAAGCUCAGUCUCUGCAGCGGCCCAGUGUCACUGUGAAACCUGUGGACCUUGCACUCACCAUAACUCCAGGGCCCACAAGUGAAGCUGAACCUUCUCCGCCCCAACAAGAGGCCUCAGCUCAGUCUGCAGGGUCCCCUGAGCAGUUGGAACCAUUAUUGGCCCAACAGGAGGCUCCGGAUCAGCCUCCAGCCCCCUGGGGAAAUGGUGAACCUUCUCCAGUCCAGCUUGAGCCCCCAACUCAGCCUCCAGAGACCUCUACAGCUGCCACAGCUCAACCUCCAAUCCAUAACGAGGUGACGUUCUCAUCUGCAGGUCCAGGUGAAGCUCAGCGUCCAGUGAUGCCUGGUACCACAGGUAAACCCCUGGAUCUGGCAGUUGUCAUCACUCCAGAGCCUGCUAAGGAGGCUGAAAGUUCUCCAGAGCAACAGGAGGGCUCUGCUCAUUUUCCCAUUUCCCCCGAGCAGGGUGAAUUUUCUCCAGUCCAGUCCAAGCCUCUGUCUCCAUCUCCAGAGCCCCCUGGGAAGAUUGACUCUUUUCCAGGCCAACAAGAGGCCACAGCUCAGACUGCAGGUCCCCCUGAGGGGGUGGGGCUUUCUUCAGUUCAGGAGGAGGCCCCGGCUCAGCCUCCAGAGACACCUAAGGAGGUUGAGAUGACAGUUGGAACACCAGGACAGAAUCAAGCUCAGCAUUCCAGCUCCCCCAGUGUCACUGAUAAACCUUUGGACCUGGGGCUUACCGUGACUCCAGGGCCUCUUACAGCGGCUGGACACUCUGCAUCCCUGCAGCAGACAUCUCAUCCAACAUACACGGAGGUGACACCUCCACAGGCAGAGCAGGUGCUGGCUCAGCAUCCAGCCAUGACUGAGUUCACAGUUCAUCCUCUGGAUCUGGAACUUACACUAAGCCCAGAACCUAAUACAGAGGCUCGACCUUCUCCAACCAUGCAGGGGACCCCAACUUGGCCUUUAGAGCCCCAUCAGCCUUCAUUGUAUCAGGAAGUGACAGUUCCCACACCAGACCAGGAUUACCCUGAGCAUCUAAUGUCAUCUGUAGUGUCACAGAUAAACUUGAAUCUGGAGCUUACUGUGACUUCAGAACCUACUACAGAAGCUGAACAUUCCACAUCUCCCCCUCCAGAACACCCUGAGGUGACACUUGCCCCUUCAAGCAUCACUCCAGUCACAGUUCACACUGUGGACCUGGAAGUUACUGUAACUGGAGCAUCCAGUGUGGAUGUUGAACCUUCUCCGACCAAGCAAGAGACCCCAACUCAGCCCCCAGAACCACCAAAGGAGGUUGUCGUUCAAUAUCCACCCCAUCAGGAGGUGACCAUUCCAACUCCAAGUAAGGGUCAUGGUCAGCAGACAACACCAUCCAGUGUCACACCUCAUCAUGUAGACCUGGAGCUAACCGUGACUUCAGAACCUGCUAUGGAGGCUCAACAUUCUACAGUCCUCCGGAAGACUACAGCUCCUUCUCCUGAGGGUGGCAUUUGCACACCCAGACCUGACUCGAGUCACAGUUCCACGUAUAGACCAGGAAUUUACCACAACUCGGCACCCAGGGUCACUGAAGACACCUGCUUCAACUGAUUUCAGUGGUACAGUCUGUUAACAUACACCUCAGAAAAGGAGCAACCGGAGCAGAGCGCUCCCACAAGAGUGAACAUCUGUCAGCUCUGCACCUGCAGUGACGAGACCUUGUCCUGCGUUGGUCUCAGCCCAAAGGAGAGGCUCCGCAGAGUGCCUGUGCCAGAGCCCGACAGCUACAACAGCACCUUCACUGUCCUAGAUUUCCAAGGAAACUCUAUUUCUUCCAUUGAUGAAAAUACAUGGAAGCCUUACCGCUGGACUGAGAAACUAAUUCUCAGAGAUAAUUCUUUGACUGAGUUACAUAAGAAUUCAUUUAAAGGCUUGCUAGUCCUCCGGUAUUUAGAUUUAUCUUGCAAUAAAAUACAGUUUAUUGAAAGCGGUACAUUUGAAUCACUACCUUUUCUGCAGUUUGUAAUUCUCAGUCAUAAUCCUUUGACAACAGUUGAAGAUUCUCAUCUUUUUAAAUUGCCAGCAUUACGAUAUUUAGACCUGGGAAAAACACACGUCUCACUUACAACAAUUCAAAGAAUCCUCAUGAUGAGCCUUGAAUUGGAAAAACUAAUCUUACCUAGCCGUCGGACCUGCUGCCUCUGCCAAUUUAAAAAUACUACUGAAGUUGUCUGCAAGACAGUCAAGCUGCACUGUGACAGUGACUGCCUGACAGAGACCACACAUUGUGGUGAAGGAGAAGGUGUAUGGAACAUAGAAGGACACAGCUGCAUCAGUGAUGUACACAGUGGUAUCCGGCUGUAA